UUUUUUUUUUUUUUUUUUUGGUUAGAUGCAGACAACCCGAUACCAUGGUGAAGGCGUUUCAAUGGAGCGGCGGUUUUUUUUUUUUCGUCCUUUUUUUUUAAUACAACCCUGGAAACACUUCCUUUUUCUGUGGCGCGCGAGAUACCUAUCCUUUCACUUGACUCUCAUUUCCCCCCUCCCCGCCUUUUUUUUUUUCUUCUCCCCAUAUUUACGCUUUUAUUUUCUGUUUCUGGGUCUUUCUUCGACCCACUGCUUCUUUCUCCAUUUCCCUUCAUCAAGCUCGCAUCCUCGCACGGUGGGGAAGAUGGGAGAGUGGGGGAAGGAGAGGUAUAAGGAGACGGGCAUGGGAUUCGUGUCUCGGGGAGUUUAUCCCUGGUUGCCGUCUCAGCGAACGGCCGGCGGUCAAGGAGGUGGGAACGGGGAGGGAGGGCGUCUCCAUCUUGUAAUCCUUAACAAUUCUCAUCAUCUUUUUCUAUAUAAUUGUAGGGGACAUUGGUUCGGCGGGAUCGGGAGGGGCGUCGCAGCCCAAAGGAGAGACAAUCGGUCAUGCGAGCGAGGGGGGAAAGGGUCGUCGCUCGGGACUUUUAUCUUUCCGUUGGGGGCCGGUGGCGGUAAGAAAAGAAAAGGGGUGAGGGAUUUGGGAGGGGGGGGGAGGGGUGUGACGAGGUCCAAGACACAAUGUGAAGAUGCCGCAUGAGAGACGUGGGGAGGGAAAGCAAAAAACCCGAUAUGAACAGUACACAGAUGCACAGGAACCUGUUGGGGUCCGGUCUUGGACCAGCAAGGGGAGAGAAACAACAGGCAAACGGGUUGGGGCCACACCAUGGGCGCGCAUUAUGUAGCUAGAUAGAUAGGUGGAAAGAAACUACAGCCAAGGAGGCGAGC